GUUAUGAACUUUGUUGGAUCCUUCCGUGAAAGACAGAGAGAUGGGAGAGACAAAGACUGAGGGCAAGUUUUUCUUCGAAGCGACGCGUAAUGCAUACCUUUUUUUGACAAAGAAGAAGAAAUUUGCUGAUCAGUUUGAAAGUAGCAGCUUCUCUGGUAAUGCCCAGGAAAUUUCAUUAGAGUUUAAUUACACAGUGACAGUGACCCACUCAUACCAUCUUGAUCCACUUCCUUAAUAUAAAGCUCCUUACUCACAUGUCUCUCUGCACUCAAUAACUCGUGACCCUUCUUCCUUCAAAGAAGCUACCAAGAUUUCAAUCUCUUCCAUGGCCAUCCCAAAUGUCUCCUUCACCUCCCCUUCUUCUUCCCAUCCUCGGAUUCAUGAUGUGUUUCUGAGUUUCAGAGGGGAUGAUACCCGCAACACCUUUACCGGUCAUCUACAUCACGCUCUCAUUGAAAAGGGGAUCAAAACCUUCAUAGAUGACAAGGAUCUUCGGAAGGGAGACGAAAUCUCCACACUUUUGGAAGCCAUUGAACAAUCUAAAAUUUCCAUCAUCAUCUUCUCUAAGACCUAUGCCACUUCCACGUGGUGCUUAGAUGAACUUGUCAAGAUUCUCGAGUGUCGGAAAUCGAUCGGCCAAAUGGUUCAACCCAUUUUCUACGAUGUGGAUCCUUCAGAUGUGCGGAAGUUUAUAAAAGUGAUCGAUAUGCAUGAAAAUAAAGUCAAGGAUGAUAUACAAAGGGUGUUGAGGUGGAAGGUGGCUCUCAAAGAAGCAGCCAAUUUGUCCGGUUGGCAUUUGAACAAUGGGAAUGAGUCCGAUUUUAUCCAGCGCAUUGUUGAAGAGAUAUCAAGUAUAUUAAUGAAGCACACAUUUUUAGAUGUUGCGAAGAACCCAGUCGGAUUAGAUUCUCAUAUAGUGGCCAUGAGUGAGUUGUUGAGUGUUGAGAAUGAUGACGUUCGCAUGGUUGGAAUCCAUGGAAUUGGUGGAAUAGGUAAAACCACUAUCGCAAAAGCUGUAUACAACUCCUUUGCUCUUGAAUUUCAAAGUUGCUGCUUUCUUGCUGAAGUCCGAGAAACUACAAACGGGUCCGGCCUUGUUCCAUUACAAGAAAAACUUCUAUAUGAGACCUUGGGCAUGAAUACCAACUUAAAGGUGGGAAGUGUGGAUGGAGGAAUUACUUUAAUAAAGGAGAGGCUCUGCCAUAAGAAGGUUCUUUUAGUUCUUGAUGAUGUCAAUAAGGUGGAACAACUUGAAAAAUUAGCAGGAGAUAAGAAUUGGUUUGGUCCAGGAAGUCGAAUCAUUAUUACAACUAGAGAUCAACAUGUGCUAGAUACUCAUGGAGUAGAAAGAAGAUACAAGGUCCAAGAAUUAAGUGCUGCUGAUGCUCUUCAACUUCUUAGUUUGAAUGCUUUCCAUAAGUCUUAUCCUGAAGAAGGGUAUGAGGAGCUCAUAAAUAGUGUGGUUCAGUACGCCAAGGGCCUUCCCUUGGUUCUAGUGGUGUUGGGGUCUUUCCUAUGUGGUAGAAGCAAACCUCAAUGGGAAAGCACAAUACGUAAAAUGCAAAGAAGUCUUGACAAAGAUAUCUAUGAAAUACUUAAAAUAAGCUUUGAUGCACUGGACGACAAUGAGAAGGCUAUCUUCCUUGAUAUUGCGUGUUUCUUUAAGGGAGAAGAGAGAGAUUUUGUAACAAAAAUUUGGGAAGCGAGUGAUUUUGAUCCAGUUAUUGGAAUACAAGUUCUCAUCGAAAGAUCUUUGGUGAAUGUUGAUCAACAUGAACGAUUGCAGAUGCAUGACGUGAUACAAUUGAUGGGUAGGAAUAUUGUUCAUCAAGAAUCUCCCGACGAGCCAGGAAAGCGAAGCCGAUUAUGGUCUCAUGAGGAUAUUCUCCGUGUUCUUAAGGAAAAUACGGGAACUUAUAAUGCAAUUCAAGCCAUAAAGCUAGAUUUGUUCGGGCAAAAAGAUAUUUUGCUGAAUCCUAGUGCGUUUACAAGAAUGAAAAGGCUUAGACUGCUUAGAAUCCGUCAUGCACGCUUUUCAGAGAGUCCUAAAAGUUUGUCUAAUGAGCUAAUAUUGCUUGAUUGGGAUGGAUACCCAUCACCAUCUCUGCCGUCCAAUUUUCAUCCUCAGAAACUUGUUACUCUCAACAUGCAUCACAGUAAACUCAAGCAAUUCGAAGGAAUAAAGGUUUGUGAAAAUUUGAGAGAAAUAAAAUUUUCUUACUGUGUAUACUUGACGUGCAUCCCUGAUGUCUCAAUAAUGGCAAAUCUUGAGAGUUUGAAUGUUAAGGGCUGUCGCAAUUUAGUUGAGGUUCAUCAAUCUGUUGGAUUUUUAAACAAACUGUCUCUGUUGAAUGUUCAAUAUUGCUGUAAACUUAGACGCCUUCCUGACCUGAAGUUGCCACGUCUUCAAAUCCUAGAACUUACUGGGUGCAUAAGUCUGGAGAAAUUUCCAAAUAUUGUUGGAGAAAUUCCUCGUUUACGUGAACUUUGGUUAAAUGACAGUCCCAAUAUUCAAGAACUGCCUUUGUCAGUUGAAUAUCUCAUUGGGCUUCAAAGGAUAUCAAUAUUUUCAUUCAAGAACCUUAGAGAUCUCCCUAGAAGCAUUUCUAAGUUGCCACGUCUCAGGGAGCUUGUUCUUAGGCAUUGCAGAAACCUUGGAAGGUUUCCAAAAUCGUCGUCAUCAUCAUCAACAAAUUUGGGCUGGCUGGCUUCGUCAAAGGGGAACAAAACUCAAGAUAAGAGCCACUCUGUUGGGUGGUUUCCAGCCUUGAGAAAGUUGAAAAUCAUGUACUGUAAUCUAGAAGAAGUUGAUUUCCUCAACAGUCUUCAUUGCCUUUCCACGCUAGAAGAAUUAUAUCUAUCAGGAAACAAUUUCGUUAGCCUCCCUGCAUCAUGUAACACUGGAUUUACCCAUUUGCGAUCGCUUGCAUUGUGGCAUUGCAAUGGGCUUCAACAAAAGAAUGCAAGUAUUGAUGUGUUUCCGAAUGGUUUCGGAAAAAUGAUAACUACAAUUAAAAUUAGAGGAGGGGAGUUACCAGAAUGGUUUCGGCAUCAAACUAGGGAGAUUGAGAUGUGUUUCCGAGUGCCUCCACCUAAAAAUGCCAAGUUAGCAGGUUUGGUUAUCGGUCUUGCUUUCAAACCUCAUUUUGAGCUCUCUUUCUGCAAUUUGAGGGUGUCUAUCAUUAUUAGUAAUGGUCGUCAAUCAACUCCCAUAGCCAAAUCCUACGAGGUUCCCUUUCAUGGACAUGAACUGGGAUUAGAUGGAGCACUGUGGCUGUUGUACCUUCCACGUGGUGCCCUUGAGUGGCGGGAUGAGAUCACCAAUGAAGGGGAUCACUUUGGAGUUUCAUAUCAAAUUCAUUUACGGACACCAUUUGUGAAGUGUGAUAAAUAUAAUAACAGGUUGGGAGUUCAUUUUGAAUUCGAGCUAAACGACAACAUGGAUGAUGAUGAUCCAAGAGUGAUCCGGCAUGACCCUUCUCCUAACAAUAAGAUAGCUAUCUUGGAGAACGAUAAUUGUUGCCAACUACAGCAACAGCUAGCAGAACAACAUGAACGGGCAAAGCGUGGACAAAGCAAAUUUCUUUCUGAUUUGUGAAAUAUUAUUUUUUGUUUUAGAAUUUAAAAAAAUUGAAUUACUUUUGUGUUUUUAUUUAAAAUUUUAGAAAAAUUAUAAUGACUAUAUAAUAGUUUACUUUUAUUUUCUAAAA